UCAUUUCUCUCCCAUUAGGCGGCUACGUAACGCGUCACUGCCUUGACGUGUAGUCGUGACGCCACAGUCUCGCGCGAUGAGGCUUGUGGCGUCGGGAUUUGCUGUGAAACAGUCGGCAAGGAUCUUGCGAUUAACAGCUUUGUGGGAAGUGAAAUGCCUCACUGCUUUGCCUAUGGCUGUACCAACCACAGUGGGAGGCUAUCCCCAGCAGUCUCUAUGCAUACCUUUCCCAAAGAAUUGCCGCUGGCUGAGAUGUGGGUGCAUCACUGCCGUACAAAUGUAGGAAAUGUGCAGGAAUUUGUGCGUGACACAUUGCUGAAGAGUCCAGGGCACUUUGUGCUGUGUUCAGAGCACUUUGAAGAGGAUAUGUUUGAACUGUGUGGAGAUACACAAUUUCUUCCUUCUGAGACCAAAUGCAAGAAAACAAAAUUGAAAGUUAAUGCUGUACCUACUCUUUUUCCCACUGGAGCCCCCAAAAUGCGCAAACAGGCAGAACAUCACUUGAAAAUACAUGAGCGAAAGCAGCUAUUAGAUAAUCUCUUGGAACAACAAAAGAAACCCCAACUUGAAGCAGACCAAAUAACCAGCCCAUGUUCAUCACAGGAAUCUGAAGAGCAUAAUGCUUUUCAGCAAAAGGAGGAAGACAGCCAUAGUGAUCAGCCAAGGAAACCUCAGUUAUUAAGGAGAAAGCUACUUCCCUUGAAGUCACAAUUUUUGAAGAAAUGUUUUAAACCUGUGUCAAGAGCUCUACAAAGGAAAACCCCUACCACAUUUAACAGAAUAGCAGUUUAUUUUUCUGAUGAGGAGUGGGAGAUGCUGGAAGAAUGGCAGAGGGAUCUCUACAAGAACAUGAUUAAAGAGAACUCCGAAGCCCUGACAUCACUUGGCUAUUCUAAUAUCAAUCCAAAUAUUCUAAAAAUCAAAGAUGAGGAUGUAAAGCACUUUACAGCAGAUUGUUCACCAGAUGAUGUGGAGCAGGCAGAUAGUCCAAAGGCAGAAGAUCAUGAAUUCAUGGAUCCUAAUGUUUUUUCAAGAAUAAAGCAAGACCAAAUGUCGUAUUUAGAUGGCAGCCCAGAUUCAGAGGAAGGAGAGCCAAAUAGUUAUCUAAGCUCAUACAAUGUUCCAAUUAGUAGCAGUAUAGAAGAGGAAACUUUUGGAACCUGGAGCGGAACUGUGAAUGUUCAAGACCCAGUUUCAAUGAAAUAUAAUCUUUCCCAGUGUUUCACUAGCAGCAUUACCAGUGAUAUGUAUUCUGCCUCAAAGUGGAAAACAAGAAAUGUUUCCCCAAGUAGCCUUUUUAGGCCUAUUGCUCCCAAACAGGAUUUUAGUCCAAAUUCCCCCAGACUAGGAGGACCAAUGGAUUUAAGACCUUACAAAUGUUCUGCGUGUGACAAGAGCUUUACUGUUAAAUCUAACCUAAUUAAGCACUACCGUAUUCACACAGGGGAAAGACCAUACAAAUGUUCUCAUUGCUCCAAAAGCUUUAGUCGCAACUCUCACCUGAUCACCCACCAGCGAACUCACACAGGAGAGCGGCCUUAUAAGUGUAAUGAGUGUGACAAGAGCUUUAUCCAGAACUCGGUGCUUAUUCAACACCAAAGGAUCCACACAGGAGAAAGACCUUUUCGAUGUGAUGAAUGCAACAAAAGCUUUAGUCAAAAGUCAUGUCUUAUCCGUCACCAGAGAACUCACACAAGAUAGUGUUUCUGUGCAUUGACUUAAAAAAAAAGACCAUUGAAAUUUUGAGUGACUACAGACUAAUUUGAAACCUUUUGAGGAAGAAAACAAGCAAUAAAAAAAUGUGCCAAUCUCUUUGGUUUAGAGAUGACACCAAGAGAGUAGACCAGUAGGACAAUAACCCUUAUCAUUAAUAUAGCCAUAAAUUCAAAGAAAUGCUUAUUUUAUAGAAAGUACAUUGCUUACAUUUUAUCAUGUAUCUAAGUAGAUACUAGAAAAUAGUGGUAAAUGUGGAAAUAGGAUGAAGGCUAAACAAGUCCUAAUCUUCUGUGAGUCCCGUAAGUAUUUCUUUUCCAAAUAAUAAUACUUGAAAUAUAUUUAUAGGGAAUGUUCAUCUCUAUGGUAUUCUUACUUAUGGAAAAUUUUUGUCCAGCGCAGUGCUGUGUAAAAUUUGAUAUGCUAUGGGCUAUGCACUUAACACUAUUUCAUUUGUUUGGGGGCUGGAUUAUUGUAAAACAGUAAUGUCUUACAAAGAGGUCUAUGGAGAUCAUUUUGGGGGGCUACAAAAUCUCUUGGAAGGCCACAUACAGGCUACUGGUUUCCAGUUGGACUGCAAUGGUCUAGAAAGCAAUGCUUCCUAAAUUAUUUGGCUGGCCCAGGCUCAGAGUCUGUUGGUGGCGCAUUGAAGGAAAAUAGAUUUGUAGACAAUACCAAUUUGCUGUUUUAGGUAGUCCUGUAAUACCAUCUAUGAGAUCAUUUACAGCACUAUUUGGGGGAGCACUUAUAAUGUCCUAGAUAUUCUUGGAAUUAUUGCCUAAUGGAUGAUACUAGGGAUGCACCAAAUCCACUAUUUUGGAUUCGGCCAAACCCCAGAAUCCGUCUCGAAAGAUUUGGCCAAAUACCGCAAUGAAUC